AAUAAUUAAUUAGGUUUAUAACGACAGCUACAUGGUUCAUUUCCCUGAUUUAGAGGGGCCGUAAAUCAGGAAAGGGGGGGAGAAGAGCAGAAGAAACCAUGGCAUGGCGCUGUGUUGAGGAGAGAGAGAAAGUGACAACAACACAAUGAUGGUCGCAGCAUCAUCUCUUCCUCUGCAACCAACAUCCUAAUCCAUCCUAUCAACACAAACCCUAAUUUAUUUCAUUUUCUUCAAAUCCUCAUAUUAAUUAAUUCAUUAAUUACUAUGGCGAUUUGUUUUUUCAUCUUUUUCGCCAUACACUGAUCGAUCAUUAUCAAUCAAUCAAUCGAUCGAUCCUCUUUUCUAUCCAUUUUCAUAAAAUCAGAAACCUUUAUCGGCAAUGGUUACGUCCGCAGCUGAUUCUUCCGCUAUUAACCCUGCCGCCACCAAUACCCCUAAUUUCCCGCGAAAAAACCUAACUUCUCCGUGGGCACAGGUUGUUCGCGGUGCUGAUUCCGAACCACUCAACAAUCAAUCGCCUCCGCCUCCGCCUCCGCCACAGCAGCAGCAGUCUUCAUCAUCAUCAUCAUCAUCGUCUCUCGAUUCGGCCAAUUUAGUUGCUGCUAUUACUGCUGUUGCUGCUAUUGCCGUAGAUAACUCCAAUGCUGAUAAGAAUAACAACAAUGCAGGUAACCCUAAGAAACCUGCUUGGAAGAAUGCAUCCAAUGGCGUUGUUGCUGAGGUGGUGAGUCCUGUCAUGGGUGCUGUCUCUUGGCCCGCUUUAUCUGCUAAAGGUUCUGCUAAAUUCACAUCUGAUUCCUCCUCCGCUGUCACCGUCGCCGCCGAAGGAUCAAUCUCCAUUCCGCAGGGACCUGUUACUUCAAAUUCCCCUCAUAAACAAGCCACGGGCAAUGCCAAUGCUAAUGCUAAUGCGAAACCUACUCCUCCAAUGAACCACGGUGGGACAAAUAGACAAAAACCAACGAAGCGCGGAGGAGGCAACAGUAGUAGCAAUGAGCCCGCUCCCUUUCCAAACAGCUUCUCCAAUCCACCUUAUGUUAAUCUUCAACCAUCAGCUGCUCCUCCACCAUAUCCGGUGGUUCAGAUUCCUUCUAACACUGCCUUUGCUGACGGGGUUCAGUCAUACAGGAACAACAAUGGCUGGAGUCCAAGAUCACCAGUUGCACCAGUUGGGGGUUAUGGACUGCCUGUGGAUGAGCACAGGAACCCCUCUCGCAGGGGUAAUUAUGGGAACCGUCCACAUAACAAUUCCGGUAUUAGACGCAAUCAAGAUCCGGGAAAUAUAGUAAACACUAGAGAUGCUCAUGCACAUCAACAUAGGAUGCACUCAGGGGGAUUUGUGAGGCCUACACUACAUAAUUCUCCUUCAUAUUUAGGGUCUCCGUCUAUGAGACCCUUUGUAAACAAUUUUGGAUUUCAUGAAUUCUAUUAUUAUCCCACGCUACAAUUUGAACAAUUUGGAGGUAUGCCAUUCUUGACACAUCCACCUCCUCCUGCGAUGUUCAUUCCGAUUCCUCCAGAAACUCUUGAAACUCCUGCAGAAGCAACUUCCGCAGAAACUCCCUUGACCAGUUUAAUACUCAAGCAAAUUGAGUAUUACUUUAGUGAUGUUAAUCUAGCGAACGAUGCCUUUUUGAAGUUCAACAUGGACGAACAUGGUUGGGUUCCAAUUACUUUGAUUGCAAACUUCCCCCGAGUUAAAAAAUUGACAAACAACAUUGAGUUGAUUUUGGAUUCCUUGAGAAGUUCAAAAGUUGUGGAAGUGCAUGGUGAUAAGAUGAGGAGGCGUAAUGAGUUGAUGAGAUGCUUGCCCUCUGCACACCAACACCAACUUGCUAGUUCUGGUUCAGUAUCCCCAAGCGGCAUAGUUGCUGAUUUCGAUAAGAUCACUUUGGACGAAGCAACUGGCCAUAAAAUUUCCAAUGCUACCACAAAUGUGGGUUCUGCAUGAGAGUUUUGCCGAUAGUGUCGGCUCUCUACAGUUAAGGAGCGGCAAUUAAAAUUCAAUAUAUCUAUCUCAACCUAUGAUACGUAACCCAUUACAGUAUUUAACGUGUUAUUGUUAUUCUUGAUUUUAAAAGGUUUUUUUUGGAAAGGAUGUUUGGAUAGGUUUGAAAGUUCGAUUCUUUCAUGAUCACUCAGAUCGAUUUUUGUAGUAGUUGAGUCAAGUAGCUUAACAAAUAAGAAUUUCAAGGAAUUAUGAUUGUCUUGAAGACUAGAAAUAGAACCUUAGAAUUUUGAUGGAGGCAGUUUUGUUGGUUUUGUAUAGUUUUAUAUUUUCUGCAACUAAUUUAUUCAUUUUCUGAUGGUA